UUUAUUACGGGAAGCCAAGCAAAGAAGGAGGGAGGGGCAAAUACUGGAAUUUUUCCCGUUGUGGUCUCCACUCUCCUAUAUAUAUAAACAUUUCUUUUGCUCUGCUUUGCUAGCUAAGCCUUUGCUUUGCUUUUAAAACGGAGCAACCCACCACUCCAGAGGGGAAGACGAAGAAGAGAAGUAGCUCCUACUCAUAGAUAGCUUACUCUAGCCUCUAGCCCCCUUCCUUCCCUCUCUCUCUCUCUCACUAUAAAAUCAGGGCGAGAAAGUUCCAGAUCAAGACCCGCAACCGUCAGCUCGAGGUCACCAUCGCCAAUUUUUCUCCUAGAUCCGAAGCUAUCACUGCUUCGUCAGGGGAAGCCGAGCUGAAAAAGCGCGAAGAAGGAAGGAAGGAUGGAGAGGAGUACGCCGGUGAGGAAGCCCCACACUUCCACUGCAGAUCUGCUCACCUGGCCGGAGACUCCGCCUCCCGAAUCUCCGUCGCUCGCCUCCGCUCCUCGCUCCGCCGCCAGGUCGCACCAGCCGUCCGAUGGAAUCAGUAAGGUGGUGUUCGGAGGUCAGGUGACUGAUGAAGAAUCUGAUAGUCUCAACAAACGUCCACCAUGUUCUGGGUACAAGAUGAAAGAAAUGACAGGCAGUGGCAUUUUCUCUGGUAAGGGAGAACAUGAAGAUGAUGAGUCCGGAAACGCAAACCUUACCCCUAAUGUGAGAACCGGGAUUAAAAUGUAUCAGCAAACUCUUGCUGGAAUCAGUCACAUUUCUUUUGGAGAAGAAGAGAGCGUCUCUCCUAAAAAACCUGCUACCUUGACUGAGGUGGCCAAGCAGCGGGAGCUAAGUGGUACCUCGGAAAGUGAGGCCGAGGCAGAGGCAAGGCUAAAGAAGCAGCUCUCUAAUGCUAAGUGCAAAGAGCUGAGUGGAAACGACAUUUUCGCACCUCCACCAGAAAUUUUGCCACGCCCUACCACUGUCCGAGCCUUGGCACUCAAGGAAAGCAUAGAGCUGGGUGAACCCGCUCUACGAGAUGUAAGUCAAUCUCUGUUUAAAUUAUGAAGGUGAUAUUGCUACAGAUUUUUAUUAUAUUAAUUGUUCCUCUCCUGUUCGUUAUCAUUAACACUGCGAGAGAGCAUUAUGGGACGCUCCCUAGUGAUACUUAACAGACUCAUGUGAUGCUUGAUAUGUCAGCAAUUGCCUCCCUAAUGAGUGACUUUGAGAAUCUCCAUGCCAGUUAUUAGCAGUUGCUAGUAAGUGAUGUGACGCCUGCUUGGCAUUGCAAGCAGCAAUUUGCUAAUGUGGAUGGACUUGCUACUUAGCUUGAUUCCUAAUUUAGCAAUUCCACUCAUCCCACAUGACAUUAGCUUUCUUCUUCCAAAUAUUUAUAGGUUUGUUAUUUGUUUGAUUAAACUGUAAGUCGAGUGACUAUAAUCAUUUAAAGUAUGUGUGGGUUCUAACUAUUGAAAUGGUGAAAUUACUUAACAAUUUUUGAAAUUGCUACUUGAUUGAAGUACUUGGCUAAGUCUUGCUGAUAUGGUAGUAACAGUUUUGAAAUUGCUACUUCAUUGAUUAAACACCCAGUCUCCCUCCACUAAGCCUUUAGAAUUGGUGUUUUUUUCCUGAAAUAUGUGUUACCCCAGUGCUUCUCUGUUGUCUUAGCAUUGUUUGAUAGAUUGAAGAGGUCUCUCACUGAUUUUAUUUAUGCAUCUGCUGCUUUAGCCUGCUGGAGGGCAGAUGUCGUCAGAAGACAACCUGAAGACAGCAAAGAAAAUUUACGACAAGAAGUUCUCCGAGCUCUCCGGAAAUGAUAUCUUCAAGGGCGAUGUGCCUCCAUCGUCGGCAGAGAAGCCCAUUAGCAACGCGAAAUUGCGAGAGAUCAGCGGAAACAACAUCUUUGCUGACGGGAAGGCAGAGCAGCGGGAGUACUUUGGCGGCGUCCGGAAGCCUCCUGGUGGGGAGAGCAGCAUUGCCUUGGUUUAACGUUGGGGGUGCCUUGCUUGCUUGCCUGUGUUUUAGUAGGAAGGAGGGGUUCUAACUGUGUGUUUUUCAACUGGUUUGCUGGGUUCUCUUUCCCCCCUUUUGUUUCUACUCCUCCUAGUGGUGAUCUGUUGAAUAUGAUGAUGUUAUUAGUAUGAUUAUUACGAUUAUUAUUUGACUUUUUUUUUUCUCUGGUCUUCUGGGGUUUUGCCCUUUGUGGGAACAUUGUUUAUUAUGCAGUUAGUUGACUAUGUGACUGAUGACAUAUUUGGAGCUGAUUUGGUGCUGAGUCGUCAUUGUCCAAACCCUUUUGCGUUGUGAUGUAAAUUUCCUUUUUGAGUAACCUACAGUAUUGGGAGGACUCCAAGCUUGAUAAGCAGUCGUGAAUGUUGAUAUUUUUCAUGGCUCAGGAGUGGUUUUGUUAUGCUUUUGACGAAAACGAGUGACUUGAUUUCUUCAUUAGUAGAGUUUGAAGUUGGGCAGAG